UUUUCAUGGUGUCUCGAUGUGUCCUUUAUUUCUCCUUCUCGGUAUCGAGUUUCAACAGAUGUGACCUUAUUUCUUGUGCUGGUAGCGAGAAUAUUUUUGAAAAGAGAACUAGUGUGCGUUCACUUGUACUUCAGUUUCUACUUGCCGCCUUUGACCCACAAAAAUGGCUCCUCCAUGUUUUGCAGACCUUGGAAAGGAUGCACGUGACAUUUUCAGCAAGAAUUAUCACUUUGGUCUUGUGAAGCUGGAAUGUAAAACAAAGACACUCUCUGGUGUGGACUUUACUGUCAGCGGGACAUCGAACAAUGAUAGUGGGAAAGUUAAUGGGUCUUUGGAGACAAAAUACAAAUUUAGUGAUUAUGGCCUUACAUUAAAGGAGAAAUGGAACACUGACAAUACAUUGGCAACUGAAGCAACAAUGGAAGACCAACUUAUUAAAGGACUUAAACUUACUCUUGAUUCUUCUUUUUCUCCACCAACUGGAAAAAAAUCCGGGAUACUGAAAGGGGCAUACAAAAUGGAUCAUAUCAAUUUUAACACAGAUAUUGACCUAAGUCUUGGACGACCUUUAAUUCAUAGUGCUGCUGUUUUUCAUUAUCAGGGUUGGUUGACAGGAGGGCAGUUUUCUUUUGACACCACCAAGAACAAGUUGACAAAAGCCAACUUUGCCAUAGGAUAUUCUGCAAAAGAUUUUGUGUUUCACACAAAUGUGAAUGAUGGCCAAGAGUUUAGUGGUUCUGUAUACCAAAAGGUGAAUAACAAAAUGGAAACAGCUGUCCAGGUGUCUUGGAAUGCUGGAACUAAUGCCACAUCAUUUGGUUUGGGUUGUAUUUACAAAAUGGAUAACAACACCUCCAUGAGAGCUAAAAUAAACAACAGCAGCCAAAUUGGCUUAGGCUUUACACACAGGUUGAGAGAUGGUGUUCAACUGACAUUGUCAACCAUGAUUGAAGGUAAAACUUUCAAUCAGGGAGGUCACAAACUUGGUAUUGGGUUGGACCUAGAUGCAUAACUGUGGUUGAUAACUUAAUUGAGCCUGUGGACUGAAUUAUUUUGUAUAGAGAAGCCCACAAAAACUUUAUUCAGGCUGCAUGUUAUAAACCACAAGUACACAGUCAUGUAGUUUGGUAUGUAGUUGGAAAUGCUCGAAGCAUUAUGGACAUUUUAUACAUAUUGAUAGGUGGCUACCUUUAAUGUUAUAAAAUUGAGCUAGUCCUUGUAGUGAAACAGAAUCAUUCCCUAUUGGUCUACACUAUGAAGAAAAGAACAAAUCAUGGAAAAAAAUAGGUUGAAUAAUUUAUUAGCUUUUAGGAAUUAAUCUAAAUGGAUGUAUGUAAAAUGGCAAGUUUUUUUUUUUUUCUUUUUGUAAUACAUGUGUUAACAUGAGUAUAAUAGAUGAAAGUGAAGGAAGGAUAAUUUAGCUAAUGGUUUCAUAAUAAUGAAAACAACUAUGUUGUAAUUGAAAAUUAUACAAUAAAGCAAAUUGAGAAAUA